AUGACGGAGACGGCGGGGCCCGUGGUGACAGUCACCAGGGAGCAGCUGGGCCUGGAUUUAGGGAAUGCGCACGAGGGGCCCCUGACUUUUGAUCUGGGCAAUCUGCUAGCCUGGGACGCCAGCGCAGUGGAUGCCGCCGCCUUUGCCGCCGACGGCGCCGACGCCUCCUGCCAGCGCCUGGCGCAGUCCAUCUUCCAGUCGCUGGCCGCCCGCUUGUUUGCGCUGCCGUCAGAGGCGGCGGCGGUGGGGCGCGUGGCGCAGCUGCCGCGCCCCUCCACCGUGCUACCGCGUGAGAAGCCCAUCCCCAAGCCGCGGCCGCCCACCAAGUGGGAGGAGUUUGCGCAGCGCAAGGGCAUCCAGAAGCAGAAGCGCAGCAAGCUAGAGUGGGAUGAGACGUCGCAGGAGUGGCGGCGGAGGUACGGCUUCAAGCGAGCCAACGACGAGGCGGCGGUGCCCAUCAUAGAGGCCCAGCCGGGAGACCUGCCCGGAGAGGACCCCUUCACCAAGCAGCGGCAGGAGAAGAGGGAGCGUGUGAAGAAGCAGCAGAAGCAGCAGCUGGGAAACCUUAAAGCGGCGGCCAAGGCCGGCGGCACGGCGGUGCUGCCACCCACCCUGCGCCUGGCGGCGGCACUGCCAGAGCAUGGCAAGGGGCGGCCCGCCAAGCGAAAGGAGCUGCACUCGGAGCUCAAGUCGGCGACGCGGCAGGCGGCGGUGUCCACCGCCUCCAUGGGCAAGUUUGAUCGGCUGGCAAGGGGGGAGAAGCCAGAGGACCGGCAGCCGCUGGGCAAGAAGCGCAAGUUUGCCCCGGUGGCCGACAAGGGCGGCGUGGAGAAGCAGCAGCAGACCAAGCUGGUGGACAAGAUCCUGUCCCAGAAUGCCGACGACAUUGUGGACAUCACCCGCGCUAUUGGCAAGUUCGAGGCAGGGGCACGCGAGGAGCGGUACCGCCUGAAGCAGAAAGGGUUCAACAAGAAGGGGCGAGUCGAGGGCGGCACCGGCGGCAAGGCCAAGGGCGGCGGCGGCAGGGGCGGCGGCGGCGGCAAGGGCAGGGGCGGCGGCGGCAGGGGCGGCGGCGGCAGGGGCGGCGGCGGCGGCAGGGGCGGCGGCAAGUAG